AUGUAUACUUUAUUGUUGAUAGCCGUGUUGUCUUAUGUCUCCCAAACAUGUUUGGGUUUUACCGGUCGAGGACUCAUCUAUCCUGGACAGACCGAUUUCUUCGAAUUAUCUAUUAUACAUUUGAAUGAUUUCCAUGCGAGAUUUCAACAGACCAAUCCAACUUCUGGUACCUGUCAUGUGGGACAAGAAAAAGAUUGUGUCGGUGGAAUCUCUAGAGUAUAUACUGCUGUCAAUCAAUUAAAGAAAGAACGGCCAAAUGCUAUUUUUCUGAAUGCUGGCGACCAUUACCAAGGUACUUUAUGGUACAACGUUCAUCGAUGGAAUGUGACGGCUACAUUUAUGAAUAUGUUACCUCAUGAUGCCAUGACGAUUGGGAAUCAUGAGUUCGACAAUAAAAUCGCUGGUCUUGUACCUUUUUUAAAGGCUGUCAAAGCACCGGUUGUGGUGACCAACAUCGAUGAUAGAGAAGAGCCUACUAUUCAAGGUCUUUAUCAAAAUAGUACGAUCAUCGAGAGAGGAGGCAGAAAGAUCGGAGUAAUCGGGGUCAUUAUUUCAACUACGAAUACUAUAGCAGACACUGAAAAAUUGAGGUUUCUGGACGAAGUAGACUCUGUGAAUGAGGAAGCCGAGAAGCUUAAAGCCCAAGGAGUGGACAUCAUUAUUGCUUUAAGUCACUGUGGCUUGAAUAUAGAUAGAGUGAUGGCUGCCAAUUGUCCUCUUCUUGACGUCAUUGUUGGAGGACAUUCGCAUACUUUCUUAUAUUCUGGGCCACCGCCUUUCAUUGAUACGCCCGAGGAUGAAUAUCCUGUAAUAGUAACACAAAAAAAUACAAACAGAACAGUGCUCAUUGUACAAGCAGCUGCUUUUACCAAAUAUCUCGGCAACUUGACAGUUUGGUUUGACGAUCAAGGAGAGGUUGUCGAUUGGGAAGGAAAUCCAAUUCUUUUGGAUUAUUCUAUCGAGGAAGAUCCAGAUAUUUUGAAAGCUCUAGUUCCUUGGCAAAAGGAUGUCGAUGCACUCGCAUGGAAACACGUAGGCAAGACUAAAGUUUUCCUCGAUUCCAAAUGUAAAGGAAAACAAUGCAAUUUGGGUAACUUUAUAACAGAUGCGAUGAUCGACGCGUUCGUAGAUCUGGCCGAGAAUGAAACUUAUUGGACUUAUGCAGCUAUAUCUUGCACCAAUACAGGUGGAAUUCGUGCCUCUAUCGAAGAUUUCGCUGUUAAUAUUACCUACGGUGAUUUACUGAUGGUUCAACCUUUUGAAAAUACCUGGGACACUGUCGAGAUAACAGGGAGCUCUAUUAAAUAUUUGUUAGAAAAAGAAAGAAUUAUGGUUUGGUCCGGGCUCAAAGUUAUUUAUAAUAUGACGAAAGAUGCACCUAAUAGAUUAGUCGACGUCAAAGUCAGAUGUCGUGCUUGCGAGGUACCAAGAUACGAGGAUCUUUUAGAGGAUGAAUGGUACAGAAUCGUAGUUCCAUCUUUUAUAUAUAAGGGUGGAGAUGAUAUUCAAGUUUUUAAAAAAUUCGGAAGAAACCAUAAGGUUGGUUCGUUGGAUAUAGAUCUAUUCGUAGAAUAUGUACAAAAGAUGAGUCCAAUUAUCGCUGGAACGGACAAUCGUGUUAAUUUUCUUUACGUUCAUAAUGAGGAAAAUGUACAUAUAUCGUGAAUAAUAAUAAUAAUAAUUUUAGGUUUUAUACUUUCUGUAAAUAAAAUAUUAUAACAUAUAAAAUAAAUGGCAAAGAAAAUGUAGAAAAAAGAAACUUUCUCAAGACGAAUUUCGUAAGAUUCUCUCUUCUCUCUCUCUCUCUCUC